CAGUAUUUAAUCCUUGUUCCAGGUGUUCGCGUUCAUUGUCCAAUUUAUGGUGAUUUCCUCCUUUUGUGAACCUUAAGAGGAGAGCUUCUCUUGAAUUGCUAUGUCUACUGAUACGAACACGAAUUCGGAAGACUCUUUGUACCCAAUCGCGGUACUGAUCGACGAAUUGCGUAAUGAUGAAGUUCAGCUUCGUCUUAAGUCGAUCAAGAAACUGUCAACGAUUGCAUUUGCUCUCGGUACCGACAGGACAAGGACCGAACUGAUUCCGUUUCUGACUGAAACGAUCUACGAUGAAGAUGAGGUGUUACUUGCGCUGGCGGAACAACUGGGACAGUUCACCGCCAUGGUUGGUGGACCUGACCAUGUGUGCUGUUUGUUGCCGCCUCUGGAAAGUUUGGCGUCCGUGGAAGAAACUGUCGUAAGGGACAAAGCGACGGAAUCUCUCAGACUUCUCGCUGCACAGCAUAGCAUAGCUGAUCUGGAAAAUCAGUUUGUUCCGUUAAUUCGUCGGUUAUCUGCUGGAGAUUGGUUCACGUCGCGAACAUCCGCGUGUGGGCUUUUCUCUGUCGCCUAUCCCCGAGUUUCAACAUCUAUAAAGGCUGAACUUCGAGGUCAAUUCCGACAACUUUGUCAAGACGAUACUCCGAUGGUUCGACGUGGGGCCGCUUGCAAGCUCGGAGAAUUCGCACAAGCGAUAGAAAUAGAGUUUUUGAAGUCCGACCUGAUCCCGAUGUUCGUGAAUUUAGCGAGCGACGAACAAGAUUCAGUGCGUCUUUUGGCCGUCGACGGAUGCGUGGCAAUCGCGAGACUGCUGACGAAAAAUGGGAAUCCCGACGAUACCGCGGAAUACAUUAUGCCUACAUUGAAAGCCAGCGCCGAGGACAAGUCGUGGAGAGUUCGGUUUAUGGUCGCUGAGAAGUUCACUGAUCUUCAAGAAGCUGUCGGAGAAGAGCUGUCGAAAACGGAACUUGUCGGUCAUUUCUGUGCGUUAUUGAAGGACGUCGAAGCAGAGGUUCGCGCUGCUGCAGCGCACAAGGUUAAGGACUUUUGUCAGCUUUUGCCCGUGGACUGUAGAGAAAACCUGAUUAUGACUGAACUUCUGCCAUGUGUGAAAGACUUGGUUGCUGACCCGAAUCAGCACGUUAAGUCAGCUCUGGCUUCUGUGAUCAUGGGUCUCUCGCCUAUUGUUGGCAAAAAUCAUACGGUGGAGCAUCUACUUCCUCUGUAUUUGUCCCAGCUGAAGCAAGAUGAGUGUCCAGAAGUCAGAUUGAACAUAAUUUCUCAUCUGGAUUGCGUAAACGAGGUUAUUGGAAUCCAGGAGCUAAGCCAAAGUUUGUUACCCGCUAUUGUGGAACUCGCUGAAGACAGCAAGUGGCGUGUUCGGUUGGCUAUAAUCGAGUACAUGCCACUUUUGGCUGGUCAGCUUGGAGUUGACUUUUUCAACGAGAAGCUUGCUUAUCUUUGCAUGGCGUGGCUCGUAGAUCACGUCUAUGCCAUCAGAGAAGCAUUCGAUCACGUCUAUGCCAUCAGAGAAGCUGCAACAUUGAACCUGAAGAAGUUAGUGGAACAGUUUGGCCCAGACUGGGCCAAAAACACCGUGAUACCGAAGGUGUCUCAGAUGGCCAGCGACGCCAAUUAUCUGCACAGGAUGACGUGUUUGUUUUGUGUGAAUGUGAUUGCCGAGCCGUGUGGAACUGAUCUGGCUUCCGAACUCCUGCUUCCUACUGUCGUCUCACUGACGUCGGAUAAUGUUGCGAAUGUUCGGUUCAACGUGGCGAAAACGCUUCAAACAAUAUUUCCUCAUGUGGAAACAUCUGUACUGCAGGUGCAGAUUAAACCGUCUCUGGAAACGCUUUUGGGAGACUCCGAUUUUGACGUGCGUUUCUUUGCCUCGGAAGCGAUGGAUGCGAUUUCGAGCAAAGUUGAACAAGCUCCGCUUGCAAUUGUGACAGCCUGA